UUUCUGGACCAGCAGAGCUGAAGGAACCCAAACUUGGACUGAAGUGACCUUGCUAAGGUCAGCUCUAUGGCUCUUCCACAUGAUUCAAACGAAACUUCCUAUUUGCUACCUCCAAACAAUGAGGACUGGGACCGGCAAGCCAUUCCUGACUUUGUUUAUGGGCAGAAGGAUCUCAUGGCAGAAGGGAUUCAGUGGCCAAGGAAUGCACCUGGCGUCCUGGAAGCUCUGCCACAGUCUCCGUUUGAUGCUGCACUCUGCUCUGCCUGGAAGCAGCGGGUGGAGCUGGGGCUGUUUCGCUACCGCCUACGGGAGCUACAGACACAAAUCCUCCCUGGUGCGGUGGGUUUCGUGGCUCAGCUGAAUGUGGAGCGUGGUGUGCAGAGGAGGCGCCCACAGACCAUCAAGAGCGUGAGGCAGGCAUUUGACCCUGAACAGUUCAACUUCAACAAGAUCCAGCCCGGAGAAGUCCUCUUCCGUUUGCACCGGGAGCCUGAUCUCCCUGGGCCUCUCCUGCAAGAGGACAUCCUUGUGGUGAUCAACGUCAGCCCCUUGGAGUGGGGCCACGUGCUGCUGGUGCCUGAGCCUGCCCGCAGGCUCCCCCAGCGCCUGCUGCCCGGUGCACUGAGGGCGGGGAUUGAGGCUGUACUGCUGAGCUUACACCCGGGCUUCCGUGUGGGCUUCAACAGCCUGGGAGGCUUGGCCUCGGUGAACCACCUCCACCUACAUGGCUAUUACCUGGCCCACAGACUGCCCGUGGAGCAGGCGCCAAGCGAGCCCCUGGACCCUGGAGGCCAUUUGCAUCUGCUCCAGGGCCUCCCAGCUCCGGGCUUCCUCUUUUACACUCGUGGGCCAGGGUUGGACUUGGAGUCCUUGAUAUGCAGGGUAUGUCGGGCCACUGAUUAUCUGACUGACCAUGAGAUUGCACAUAACUUGUUUGUGACCCGGGGAGCUCCGCCAGGAAAGACAUCACCUUCCUCAGCCCUCACAGGGGUCAGAGUAAUUCUGUGGGCCCGGAAGUCCUGCUUUGGGAUAAAGGAUGGUGAGGCUUUCAACGUUGCCCUCUGUGAGCUGGCUGGGCACCUCCCUGUCAAAACAUCCCAGGACUUUAGCAGCCUGACAGAGGCAGCUGCUGUGGCCCUCAUUCAGGACUGUCGGCUGCCCCCAUCCCAGGCAGAAGAGGUACAGGCAGCACUGGUGGCCCUGAUGUCCCAGAAAGAGCAAUAAUACUUCUGGAUGUA